GGUUUCCUCCGACGACGUUACAGCUUUCCAUCAUACCGCCGCAUUGAAGCAGAUUUGACAGUCAUCGAAUCAAUCUAAAUCUCUAUCACCACUAUCCGAUAAUGGCUAAGCAACAACUCCAUUCUCGGAGCUCAAGGCAGGCCAGUGUAGGAACUUGGUUGUGACAAGGCUCCUUCGGUUCUGGGAAGCUCGCAAUGCCAAGAAAGGUCACGACAACUCAAGCGAUGACAUGCCAGGACCUGGUUCUGAUUCAAAAAUUCCUUCAGUUGGCGCUGACUUGGUCUCUUCCUGACACCAGCACGAGAGUCGCUGUUGACAAUGUUGUUACUGUUAACAGCAGAGGAAUCAUCAAUGGCGUGGUUUUCGAUGAAGGUGUCUCAGGAGAUGGGUGUGAACGCAAUGUCAAACCUGUUAGGGAAGGUGGCUCUUCUGCAAAGAACCAACGUCAUGUCUCGAAUCUGCACUAUCAUAGUGUGGGACAACUACUCCAGUCACUCUGUUUUCUCUUUUGAAAUUUCCUCAAAAUAAUAAAAGUGUUCCUGCAACAAUCUGUUUCCGUAUUUUUGAUCGUUUAGUUUUAAAAACGUAUUAUGUUCUCAACAUGGAUACGCUUUUGGCAACCUCAAACAAAUAUUUUUAUUGAACCCAUCUACUA